AUGGAGAAAGUGGAGACAAAGGAGAAGAGCCUGAUGCUGGGUACAGAGAUGGAUCUGCAGCUGGUGGAGGGCACAGUUGUGGCCUUGGAGAACUCUCUGAAAAUGUGGCUACAUGACCAGGGCGGAGACAGAGAACACCUGCACUUGUUGUUACCCCCUUCUCUCACAUCACAGGGUUCUACACCACACCCUGGCAACAACAGGCCAAGCCCAGUCUGUUUGAAGUGUGACAUGCAGGAGAGACUUCUCAGCCCAGCCCUACUUCCCAGCACGCCUGACCUUGGAGUGAAGACUGAGAGCAUGCAAGAUUUCCAGCCCCCAAACAAGAAUCUGGCCAAACAGAACCCCUCGCCGCAGUGUCUGCGAGUCGUCAAAGUUCUUCAUGCCAGUGGAGUGUGUCAGUCUGUGCUGUAUGGACUACCACUUAUCAUCAAACCAACCUCAUGCUGGCAGCUGGACUGGGAUGAAAUGGAAACAAACCAACAGACAUUUCAUGCUCUCUGCCACAUACUAAAAACCUGUGACUGGUUCCUUUUGGUGCGCUCAGAGUCGGGGUCAGGUUCAGGUUCUGCUGUGUUCUCCUACUAUAUACUUCAGUCCUCUGGUUCACUCUCUCUGCUUUUGAAACCUGUGCUGACACGAGAACUUACGCUACCCUGCUGCCUGCCUGUCUCAAUGGAGGACCCGCCACUUCCUGCACUUGCCUCUGUGGAGAGCUCCCUGGAUCAGCUUGAGAAAGACGCUGUCUUUAACCCUCUCUGUCUGGACUCCAACCUUUACCCACACCUUAGAAUUAGAGGUUUGCUCACCCGCUCAUCACAACCAUUUGGAGCACAAGGCCAGGGCCGCGGCCAUCGCAGGGGCGCCAGUCGACCACCAGAGGGCUCUACACAGCGUCAGGGUCGGCAGUCUCAGAGUCGCGUGCGAGCCACAGUGGCCCCGCUGCCUUCCAUCCCUUUAAACAAGAUGCCUCGCCGUUUACUAACCCUCAGCCACUCGCGACCCUGUGCUCCUGCCCUCUUUUUCCAGGACAACUAUGAGGAGGAAGACCCUUUGAUGAUCCAGUAAGGAGAAAGAGAGAAAGUAUAAAACUUUCACUAUAAGAGGAAAUUGCACAUUCACAUUCACACUCACACUGACUGACACCAACAGUUUCUAAACUCCCACAGACAGGAUGUUACAUUUUUGCACAUGACCUGAUAUACACUUAUUAUAUGUACAGCUAAUUUGAAAAAUAUAUUUGCUAUACAAAUUUGGUUUACUAUUCAGAGAACACUGUACUGUGCAAUGGAGAACAGUACAGAAUUUAGAUUCUCUCAUCUAACGCAGAGCAAGUUUUAAACACUCAAUAUAUUUCCUUUAAACACUCAAACCUUAAGCUAGCUAUACAGACCAUACCUUAUUUCUAACAAGACGAGGGCUGGCUAGGUUAAGUCAAUUGUUCGGUUUUCAGAAUACAGUUUAGUAGUGCAACAUCAAAGCUCGAUUUAUCUUCUUAAAUCUGAAAAACAUCACAGCACAGAUUAAAUAACCUCAUUACUUCUCCAAAUAAAAACUUCAGCAACUUUGAGACUGACACUGCAAAAUCAACCCUCAUAUUUCAGACACUCAGUAUGCAAAAAACAAGCUGUUUUGUUACCCUGAUGUUUGCAAUUAAACCAGUCCUCAUAGUAACUAGCAUGAUUUCACUCUUGGAGACGUAAUUAAACCAACGUCGUUCCAUAUGGUUUAACAAAGCCUGCACCGCAACUGGGAAAAAAAAUAUAAUUGUGAACUGCUGAGGCUGCAAAAAGAAAUCAAAUACAAAACCACAGAAUUGUAAAAAGACAAGAAGAAAGGCUGUUUAUAGAGAGAGAACUGCCUUCUCAGUUUAAAUGCUGUGGCUAGAAGGCUCUGUAGAGAGUUGAGGAGGAAGAAGGCCAGAGUAGUGGAAAAGUAGAGCCAUUGUCUUCCUUUAUGGAAGCCUCCAGUGCAGCCCCAAGGGAGACACACUGUACUCAGCUGAGCAGGAAUUCAAGGCCUUCAAUGAGUUACAGAAAGCGAAGAGAGGGGAAAAGAAAGAAAGAGGUCGCUCUGUCUAGCCCCGUGACCUCUCAGAACAAGGUUCAGCUUUGGAGGCGCUGGUUUAGAGUUGCAAGAGCUGUGGGACGUGAUUCUGAAUGCAGAAUGAGUUCAGAGCUCUAAUAUUACUCAAUGGGCCUCUCUUACUAGACCCCAUCAGUAUUGCCUCAUUAAGUUUUCCGCUAUUCCACCCACCUGGCACCACCUACGCCUUGUCUUUAUGACAUCAUGCUGAGGUUUGGCAUUGUGCAAACGGCACAAAAAGCAGACAUAGAGAGUGGAUCUCGCGUCAUUUUCCCCUCCUUUUUCAUAUUUUACG